AUGCAUCCAUUGUUCAAACCAAAUAAUAUCAAGGAACUUCCUCCUAGCUUGAAGACUUGCGUUGUAAAAGCAUGCGCCCCAGACGCGUCUUCGGACAGCGUCAAAAAAGUUGUCGACUAUUUCAACCACGGAGAUUCGAUCACCGCCAGAUUCAACCUUCUUCCCGCCAUAUAUAUCAUUCUUGACCCGCGCCGCAUUCCCGACACCGCAAAUGACGCGCCCUUGGUCGGCGGCGCCCCAGCCAUACUCGAACGCGCGUGGACGAUGCUGAGUGGCCUUGGUCACGAGACAAAUCCGCUUUUGUCAAUCCUGCCCGGGGAAAUUGCUGCCGACGAGCUGCUAUCUCGGAUGUGGCCCUGGUUCGAACUAUUCGACCGCCAAUGCUCUUCUCUGUCGUUUCUUCCCCAGGGCUCUCCAUCUGCAGCGCGGAACCGCAUCAGCGAAGUUUUCAUUACCAUUAUCGCUGCAUUAGAAGACCGACACGGCGCGGAAUGUCUCGAGCGCAUGUGCCUCGCGCGGCCCGGGCUAUUGCGCAUGAUAACCCAAGCAUGGCCGGUCACACAUCAGCUUCAACCGCCAAAUCGGGCGGCUGCGACGCAACAGCUGGUACUCAAAUGUGUGUGUAACCUCACCACAACACCGUGGUGUCGUGAUGAAAUCAUUUCUGGAGCAGGCGGCUCGGUCGACGAUGUCGCCCGCGUCACAAUGCUUCAUCUCAGGACCACGAUCGAGAGAUUGAAGCGGGACAGGUUAGGUAUGAUGCCGGAAGACUUCCGGAGUGGACCCACCGACGUUGCCCCACUCGAAUUCACCGCCCUCAUGUACUUUCUUUGGGCUUUUAAUCAACACGACAAAGGCCAAGACGACAAGCAAGUGGUGGGAGAAGUUUUCGUGUCCGCCGCAAAUCACGGGUUCGUCCAGGUCAUUCUCGACGGUAUCCACGCCUACGACCACUUUUACUACCGCGACUCCGAGGAUGUCGAGCGCGAGAUGCUGGAGCUCGUCGACAAGGCAUUCUCUGUGUUGACGCGCCUUUUUUAUACACCCGGCGGCGACCGCUACCUCGUCGAGGCGAUCGAGCACCACCUUCUGCCCUCCAUUCUCCGCUUCUCUUGCGCCAAAACGCCACCUGGCGGAAACAGCCUCGAGGUCCUGAUUCAAAGCGUCUUGCCCUCGUAUAGCACCCGACUGGAGGUGCUUGUGGCCUUCCGGGACCACGUCUUCGCAAACAUUGACACAAACGGAAUGCGCCAGCUGUCUGCAUCUUCGGCCUUCCGGGCCUUGCCUCUGUUCAAAGACUGGACGGCGCUGAUGAAGCUGCUCCAGCGACGAAUGACCAUACUCUAUCGGUACAAUGCUGGUAAAUUCCCGUCCCCGAGAAUGUGCGAUAGUGGCCAGUGUGGACAUGUCGGUGACGAAAGUCUCUUUAUGCGCUGUUCUGGAUGCCGCAUGCUCUACUACUGCUCGAAGUUAUGUCAAAAGAAGGACUGGACGGAGGGCGGGCACAAACAAGGCUGUUCCACGUUGCAUGCUCUCUCCGAACAUGAAUCCAAACUUGACCUGUCCCCGGAGAACCGCGACUUCCUGCGCGUGCUAGUGGACGCGGACACCGCAGAGCACGAAGACGAAAUUAUCCAAAAGGUCUCCAACACGCUCAUCGACCACCCGCGCUGCUCGUGCGAACUUGUUACGAUGUAUGACUACUCCGACGGGCACCUCAUGAUCACCGUCGAACCCGCCGGGACCAUCUUCCCCGCCACCCAGCUACCCCAAGUCUGUGGCGGCCCAGAAGCCUGGAAGGAAACCGUCCGCCGUGCGGCUGUGAGCAGAGGGAAAACCACAGUACACGUGGUCGCGUUCCUGGGUGGCUCAACUGCCAAGCGCUUCCUCCUCCUUCCAUUCCGCGCCCCGUUUGCCAAAGUCCACAAGCUGAAGGUAUAUUCCCGGUUGUGCGUGUCGAAGCCGCGGGAGCAGGCCAUGGCAGAGAUGCGCGGGUUUUACGAGGCGUUGAAGGAGGACGAAUCUGAAUGUGUGGAAUUUCACUAG